AUGUCUAAAUUUGUUUAUAUAGCAACAACAAUGGUAGUUUGUUAUUGUAUUUAUGUUGUCUCAGAAAUGAUAGAAUGCCAUUCUAUGUUUCCUGAUAUUGCUAAUGAAUUGACAGAAAUUACAUCAUGUGAUGCAUUUUCUAGUCAAGAGGAUCUAAAAAUGUAUAGACAAAGAAUACUUAAUAUAACUCAUUCUCAUGAUAUGUUCAUAAAGUGUAAUACGAUGCCUAGCACAGCAAUUAAAAAUAUUACUUUAUUUUCUAUUGUCGCAUAUAUAACUCAAACUAUAUUAUCAGACAUUUGGAGAUAUUAUAACUAG